AUGAUCCGAGUGCUCCUCCAAGAUUGCCACUCGAGACUUCGUAAGUACCAUCAAAGCAUUGACCAAGAGAAGACCAGACGCUGUGAGUUCAUGGGUGAAGUGGGUACGAAUCUGCUCCGGCUGAGGAUAGCUGAACAAGCCCGCGAACAGAACACGAUACGCGACGCAGCACUGGAGAACAAAUUUCGAAAGCUGCCAAAUCCAACGUCGCCCAGAAACGACAAACGGGUGCACAACCUGUCAUCAAAGGAGCUGACGAAGGAUCAGAUGCAGGUUUUACGGCACAAAGCUUCAUUUAACACGGCUGACGCCAAACCUGUUAACAUGAUUGCAGCAGUGGAAUCAAUCUUUUGUCAGACGGAGGCAACGGAGGAGACUAAGAACCUCAUCCGACACCAAGUGUCGUCUCUCCUGAUGGCCCACAGGCUGCGGGAAGUGCUUUCCAAGGUCGAACGUGAUGCGCUUAGAGAACUCAAGGCCGACAAAGACCUGGUCAUCGUGCCAGCGGACAAAGGACGCGCCACAGUUGUACUGGACAGGACAGACUACCUUCAAAAAGCCAAAGGUUUACUGGAGGACCGACAGAUCUAUGUCCCAUGUGCAACGAACCCUUUAAAGGCGCUGACACGCGAAAUGAAUGCUAGGUUGUUGGCCUUGGAGAACUCAGGUGCAAUAACACCGACCGACAGACGCAUGGCGAGACCCCAAGAUACGGCUUGGCCCGAUUAUAUGGCCUCCCUAAGGUGCACAAAGACGGCGCUCCUCUCCGACCCAUCGUGUCGCUCAAUGGGACUCCAACGUACGGACUGGCGAAGUGGCUGUUCCGGCGUCUCAAGUUCCUGACCGCUGAGUCAGACACCACGGUCUCUUCGUCAGCACAAUUUUUGGAGAAACUCAAAGGGAUAAGCAUCCAUCCAAAUGAGGCCAUGGUAUCUUUUGAUGUUACAUCCCUUUUUACUUCUAGUCCCCAGGACCUGGCGAUCGAGACAAUUGAACUGCUACUACAAAGCAAAUACGAUGAAACGGAGAACCGUCUUGGACACGCCCAAGUCCUUCAGCUCUUGAAGCUCUGUCUCAGGACGUACUUCACGUUCGACGGGACAAUCUACGAACAGGUGAAGGGCACACCAAUGGGUUUGCCGAUUUCGUGUUCCAUCGCCGAGGCGGUCCUGCAACGGUUAGAGUCGCUGGUCUUCCAACACCACAGACCGAAAUUCUGGGCCCGGUAUGUGGAUGAUACCUUCGUCGUCAUCGAACGGGAUCAGGUGUUGACAUUCCAAGAACAUCUCAACGCCGUCUUCCUGGACAUUCAAUUUACGAUGGAGGAGGAAGAGAACAACCAGCUGGCCUUCCUGGAUGUCCUCGUAUGCCGCAAGGAUUGUGGUGGACUAAAGACCAAAGUGUUCAGGAAAGCGACAAAUACGAUGCAAGAACUGAACUUCAACAGUAGCCACCCAAUCAGCCACAAACGCAGUUGUGUAAGGACGCUCUAUCGGCGUGUCGAAACGCACUGCAGUGAGCCGGAAGACAAAAUUGCUGAACUGCAAUACCUCCGACGGGUCUUCAAAUCCAAUGGCUACCCGCGCAACUUCGUCAAUCGGUGCAUACGCAAAAGGGACGAAAGGCCUAACCGCACGGACACAAAGUCUUGGCGGGCACUUCCGUAUGUCAAGAACGUUUCGGAAGCUGUCGGCCGCCUUCUCGCACCACGUGGGGUUGGAGCGGCACACAGACCGGAGGCAACCAUCAGGCGUCUGAUCAUGAAACCGAAAGACCCACUGCCACGGCUAGAAACGUCUGGAGUCGUUUAUCGGAUCUGGUGCAGUUGUGGACAAAGCAACUACGUCGGAGAAACCGGAAGACAGCUCCGAACGAGAAUGGCCGAACACGCGGCAGCGGUGCGCAGAAAUGACGCCAGCUCUUAA